UGAAGUUUAUAUAUAGGUAGAAUAUGAAUGUAUAUACUUACUGGAACUUUUGCUCUGUGGGUCAGUGAAGUCUGAUAAAAAGCUGAAAGAUACUAGGCUUCUUGGGAAUACAAAAAAGGAGAUAGCUGGAUCAAGAUCCUACUAACUAUUGUCUUUCUGUUUCAUCUGCUACUUCCUUGGAGGAAAGAUUGGAGCCUGCCCUCAAAUCUUAUAGUGUGUCAGAAAAUCCACGUGAAGAAAACACUUCUCAUCAGAGAAUUCAGUGAUGAGACAUGGAACAUCUGGAAAUCUAAAUUUAUUGGUUUAGUUCAUGAAAGUACUUAGCUUUUUAUGGCACGCAUCCUUCUCCACUCAUAACAAAAUCCUGUGUGAAAUUGCUGCAAAAGCAGAGAUGAUUAUACAAAGAGUUGUGCUGAAUUCAAGGCCUGGUAAGAAUGGAGUGCCAAUGGCUGAGAACUUCCGACUGGAGCAAAGUACAAUAGCAGAUACAGUCCAAGCGGGACAAGUGCGUGUUAAAACUCUCUAUCUGUCAGUGGACCCCUACAUGCGCUGCCGAAUGAAUGAGGACACGGGCUCGGAUUACCUGCAGCCCUGGCAGCUCUCUGAAGUUGCUGAUGGUGGGGGCAUUGGGGUUGUGGAGGAGAGCAAGCACCAGAACCUUGCUAAAGGAGACUUUGUAACCUCCUUCACUUGGCCUUGGCAGACAGUGGCAAUUCUUGAUGGAGACUCGCUACAAAAGCUGGUUCCACAGCUUGUGAAUGGACGCCUUUCCUACUUUCUGGGUGCAGCUGGCAUCACGGGGCUGACAGCCCUGCUGGGAAUCAGGGAGAAGGGACAUGUGGCCGCGGGUGCAAAUCAGACCAUGGUGGUGAGCGGAGCGGCCGGCGCCUGCGGCUCUUUGGCUGGCCAGAUUGGCCGUCUGGAGGGCUGCUCUAGAGUGGUGGGGAUUGCUGGCACAGAUGAAAAGUGCUCCAUUUUGGUCCAAGAAAUGGGAUUUGAUGCUGCUAUCAAUUACAAGAAGGGGGAUGUGGCAAAACAGCUACGUGAACUCUGCCCAGGUGGUGUGGAUGUGUACUUUGACAAUGUUGGUGGAGACAUCAGUGAUGCUGUUAUAAGUCAGAUGAAUCAGAACAGCCAUAUCAUCCUGUGUGGACAGAUUUCUCAGUAUAACAAAGACGUGCCUUAUCCCCCUCCACUGCCUGCUGACACAGAAAAAAUACAGAAAGAAAGGAACAUCACAAGGGAAAGAUUCUUGGUGUUGAACUACAUGGACAAACAAGAAGCUAGCGUAUUACAACUCUGCCAGUGGAUCCAAGAGGGUAAAUUGAAGGUCAGAGAGACUGUGAUCGAAGGCUUAGCAAACAUCGGUGCUGCUUUCCAGUCCAUGAUGAAUGGAGGCAAUAUUGGAAAACAGAUCGUCUCAGUUUCGAAGUAAAAUCAGUGGUUCAAGAAAAAUAAUUGCAUUCUGUCUCUAACAGUGGGCAAGUUUUUACUUAUACUAGUUUCCAUUUCUUAAAUAAACCAUUAAGUUGUUCUGUA